AUGGCUCAUAAUAACUAUCAAGGCCGAGAGCCCUUCAGAGACCCGUGGGCGGGGCCAAGCCCGGACCAACAUCUUUCACAUAAAGUUUCCGGCCUCUCUGAUGCCGGCGAGGACAGCCGGUACGACCCUGACGAUGCCUCUCAUCCGCUGCGGGGGCGUGAGUCCAUAGUGUCGAUGGACUCUGAAUAUGACCGUCGAAGUUCAGUGCCGUCGACUGCCUAUGGAGACUUGCCUCGGAGCUAUUCGCCAGCUUCUUCGUGGUCUGGUUCGUUUGCUUACUCUGGCGCUGGUGGUGGGGGAUAUGCUCCUCCCACAAGGGGUCUGUCUAAGGGGAGCCGGAAGCCAAGCUACUCUUCGGUGCAGCAGACGGUUCCCGAGAGCAUCAGAGAGGAGGAGACAUAUGACCUAUCUCUGCUUAAAUCCGCGGCACCCAUGGGCACAUCGAAAUCGCGGGGUGGUUAUGAGGCUAUACACGAGCAAGACGAAGAGUAUGACACCGUGCCAGCAUUCGAUUUCACAGCAACUCUUGGGCCACUUGGCUCGCACGACGACGCCUUCAUCAAGAAACUACAAGAGGAGGAGGCCAAGGGGCACUUGACCGGAGGCCUAGGCCAGGGAUUCCGUGCGGGCACUCAGGUACACAGCGGCGAACUUUUCUCGGCGCCCUCGGUCCAGCGCGGCCUUUCGCGAUCCUUUUCACGGCGGAACACGAGCAAGUUGAAUCGUGCCGAGACGCUGCGUCAUAUGGGCCAGGACGAGGCCAACCGCCGCGGCGAGGUCAUCCAGGUCAUCAUGGAGGAGCCGGUGGGAGCUGAUUUAAGCAACAUUGAGGGCCCCAAUAUUGCCUCUGCUGGCUUGCGACAGUCGACAUACCCAGUCAAGGAGAAGAUGACACAGACUUUCUAUCCACAGCCCAACUGGAAGCCCUUCUCCAUGCGAUGGCCAUAUCUCACCUCACUGGUCCUCAUCUCGGCAGCCCUGGCCGUCAUGCAAGAGGUUCUAUUUCAAAUGUAUAAAAAGGAGCCACUAGUCAAGUUCACAUCCCCCGACCAGGUGAAACAGGGCGUUUACUUUGUCAUCAAGUUUGCACCCACGCUGCUGGCUGUCAUCUUCGGAGUCUUGUGGCAGUUUACCGACUUUGAGGUGCGGCGCUUGGAAGCAUUCUACCAGCUUUCCAAGGAGGAUGGUGCGGUGGCCUCGGACUCUAUCAACAUUGAUUACGCGACCAGCUUCAAUUUUUUCCGACCGUUUCGGGCCAUAAGGAAAGGCCACUUUGCUGUGGCCGUGUCAUCUAUCGCAACCAUCUUGGCUGUAUCACUGGUACCGACCUUUGCUGCCGCUGCUGUCGUGCUCAGCCCAUCCCGAAUCGAGCGAAUGGCCGACCCAGGUGGAUACAAGACGCUCAACUUCAAUUCUGUCUGGUCACGGCUCUUGACGGCGACCCUCGGCGUGAUUGCUGUGCUGGGCUGCCUCUUGAUAUAUCUUUUGCAGUCGCGCAAGUCUGGCCUCCUGUCCGAUGUCCGAGGAAUUGCUGGUCUCGCAUCUAUGGCCGUGGUGAGCCACAUUCUCAUGGACUUCAAGGACAUGGAUACCGCCUCUCAUGGCGACAUCCAUAACCGGCUCAAGUACAACCGCUACGUGCUCCGCAAUUCGUCCCUCGCCCCUGACGAUUCGUUCGUGGUGACUGCCAAAGAGAAGGAAAAGUUCAACGACCACGAUCUCCCGGCAAACCCGCACCCCGUCCUGCUUCGCUCGGUGGGCAUCAUCUCCAUGAUUGUCGGCCUUUUCCUCUUUACCGGAUUUAUCCCGGUGUUCUUGUUUACACCUGCUACCAUCGUCACAGACAAGGCGCCCUGGGUCGUUACCGUGCUUGCUGUCUGCUUAAAAAUGGCCUGGGGCGGCAUGGAGACGGCGGUUCGCAUGAUGGAGCCUUACUAUAUCCUCUCCAGGCGGCACGCGCCUGCCAAGACGCUGCUUCUGGAUUAUACGGCGCUUCCGUUUGGCUACAUGGCGGUGCGUGCGCUCUUGAAUGGCCAUUUGCUCGUGUUUUUCGUCGGCUUUGGCAGCGUAAUGGCCGAGUUCCUGACCGUUCUCGUGGCGGGUCUGGCAACGGUUGACGGACACGACUUUUUGCUGGUCUACAAUGACGGGAAUAAGACUUGGGAAGUUAACUCUGGCACGGAGACGGUCAAGUCCUUUUACGUAUCUGUUGCACUGUCGCUCUUCAUCCUGCUCUACAUGAUCACCGUUGCCUUUGUCGUCUUUUUCCGCCGACGACAUCCCUUCUUGCCGCGUCAGCCCAAUACCAUUGCCUCGGUGCUGGCCUAUAUCCACCAGAGCAAGAUGCUCUACGACUUUGUCGGCACGGAGAAGUUCACUGCGUCGCAGGUGCGGCAGAGGCUCGGGGAGGACAAGACGUACGGCUUGGGGUGGUUUGUCGGACGAGAUGGGCAGAAGCACUGCGGCGUGGAUCAGGAAGAGCUGAUUAGCACUUAUAAGCAUGGCAUUAGUUUGAAUCAGGGGACUCAGCCGUGGAACAUUCAGUGGGAUGUUCUUUAA